AUGGACGAAGCAACGGAUGUAGUGAUGUCCUCCGAGGAAAUCCCAUUCAAGAUCACCGCCAACGAAGAUCCGGCGCAAUUCGCCGGACUGGCGUCCAAGAUAGUCGCCUCGUGGCAGGAUCAGUUCGAGAAACACCUCCUCAGCCACGUCUACUUCGAGGAAGUAUGGAGAAUCUACGUGCCGAGCAUAUACAGCCCUCCUCUAAACGAAAGCUGCUUGAACUGGAACUUCAACGAGGAACUGGCCCAAGAGAUCCUACUCAACACCUUGGACAGGUUCAUUUGCAACGGGGACCCGGAGAUCGUAUUCAAGCAACUCGACAACCUGAAUAAAUCCGCCUCGGUUUGCGGGCGCGUGUUCAAGCUGGGCGAGCCGGCGUAUUCUUGCAGAGAAUGCGGCAUGGACGGCACUUGCGUGUUGUGCAUCGAAUGCUUCAAGCACUCGGAGCACCGGCAUCACAAGUACAAAAUGGGGACGUCGCGCGGCGGCGGGUGCUGCGAUUGCGGCGAUCCCGAGGCCUGGAAGGUGGCGCCGUUCUGUUCCAUUCACAUGACGAAAAUAUCGGAGGAGGAACGAGCGAAAUCGAUUCCGGACGGUAUGCUGGAUCGCGCGAGGAUAGCGUUCAAAACCGUGCUGUGGUAUUGCUACAGGCGAUUGAACACCGAGGAGAUAUCCGAUUUGAAACUAGGCCUCGGCAACGAUAAUAUAUUCGACAUUGAUACCUACUGUACGAUACUGUACAACGACGAGAUCCACACGUUCGAACAGGUCAUAAGUACGUUAACGAAAGUGUUGAAGUGUAACCAAAGAAAUUCCACGGAGUUUGUAACGAACAUAGACCGCGAAGGAAGGGCCGUGGUGAAGUGUUCGAGUUUCCAGCAUUGCUCCGAAUUGAAGCAGGACAUCGAAAAGUACACCUCGAGGCACGGCAACAAGCCGAUCAAGGUGUUGGUGAAUCACGCUCACAUAAUCGCUCAUCAAAUAUUCGCCAGUAAAUUGUUGACGUGGCUGGAGAACUUCCUCGGCAAGGGCGAGUGCUUCAGGGCGAUUUUCGCCGAGGUGGCGCUCGAGCCGGACCCUUGCAUCGUCAAAGGGAUACUGGAGAAAGAUUUCAGUUUGUGGAAGAGCGCCCGCACGCAAUGGCACCGGCUGCUCAUCUCCGGCAUGCUGUUGGAGUACGAAAACAAGAAGGCCCUGGCGAAGAUAUUCACGAAGAACUACGGGCAAGUGAUGAAGGAUUUCAUCAAGGACGAUCACGAUCACACCUACUCCAUAUCCAGCCUUUCCAUACAAUUGUUCACGACGCCGACGCUGGCGCGCGAUCUCAUCGCCAAAGACGACAUCUUGUACAUCCUACUCAACACUUUCAUAUCCGAAUGCAACAGGAAGUGCAACAAAGCCGGCAAAUUGGAGUUCGAACGGAACCCGUCUUGUCAAACGUUCAAACGUGCUUUAUACAUGCUGUACGAUCUGAAAUACCUGCUGGGUUCUCCGCCUGAUACAUGGACAGACGAUCUAAGGAGAAGUUUCCUGCACGGAUUAUCCAUGAUGCUGUCGCUUCUCACCAAGAUGCAAGGUAUGGACGCAGUGACCCGUCAAGUGGGACAACACAUGGAAUACGAACCCGAAUGGGAAUCCGGCUUCAACUUGCACCUCAAGCUAGCCUUUUGCAUAUCGCUCAUAGUCGAAUGGUGCAGCACCGAUAAAAUCGUCCUGGUGAAAGCCUACAGAUCCGUGCUGCAAAAAUUAGAGGAAAACCCCUGCUACGAUCCGAGCGAGGCGCUGAAAGUACGCGAAUUGGCCAACCACAGCGCCUCCUGUCUACACUACGACGUGGCUUCGAAACCGGUCUCCAUCCACCUGCCGCUCACGCGCCUCCUCGCCGCGUUGCAUUUGCACUUGGAGAAGUUCAAUUUGCACUUCGACGGCGCCGAAUUCCAAGUGCAAAAACCGCGACCGAUGCAAAUCAUGGAGCCGGUGCUCAGGGCGCAGGUGAUGAUAGCCCAAGUGCACGCCGGUAUGUGGCGCCGGAACGGCUACGCGCUCCUCAACACCCUGUUCUUCUACCACAACGUUAAAUGCAGAACGGAGAUGCUCGAUAGAGAUAUAACUUUGCUGCAAAUAUCCGCCGCUCUGAUCGAAGGCAACGAGUUUCUCAUACACAUCCUGAACAAGUUCAAUUUGAUCAACUGGGCGAUGUGCGACUUCGAAUCGAACUGUCUGAAAUCGCCCGAAGAGGAGAGCAUCAGGCAAACGACGAACCUGGUGGAGGAGAUGCUGCACCUGUUGAUAUUCAUCAUCGGCGAGCGGCACAUGCCUGGCGUCAGCGACGUCACCGUGGUGGAUCGCAUCCGCAAGGAGAUCAUCCAGUAUUUGUGCAUCAAGCCGCUGCCCCAUUCCGAACUGGUGAAAACAGUUCCGGACGAUUUGACCGAGCGCGAGACGAUCGUCGACGAGGUGAUACAGGAGCUGGCGAACUUCAAGAAACCCGCCCAGGGCUCGGGCAAGGGCGUGUACGAAUUGAAGGAGGAGUACUACGACGAGUUCAACGUGUUCUUCUAUCACUACACGCGCGAGGAGCUGUCCAAAUCCGAAGAGGUGCAGCGGAACAGGCGCAAGGCCAAAGGCGAAUUGGAAUGUUGCCCGCCGCCCAAGUUGCCCAAGCUCAACGAGAGCUUCAGCUUGAUCGUGGAUUUGCUGCAUUGCGACGUGAUGUUGCACAUCAUGCAGAUCGUAUUGGAAAGAUGCAUCAACCUUCGAGCGAUAAGCUUCUCCGAGCAACAAUUGCACAAGGUGUUGCAUUUGAUCGGGUACGCGUUGCUCGAGGAGGAAUCUCAAAAUUAUCCGUUCUUCAAAUUCAUCGAAAACUCGUCGAAGUUCAAGAUAUUCUCGCAGAUCGAGGAGUUGUUGAACAGCCCGAGGGUGGAUUCGCACAAGGAUUUGUUGCGUUGGACGCUCAAGAAGUACAAACAACUAACCGAUAAGAAGGACGAUCAGUUGGAAAAUAAGGACGUGAGCACUAAAGAGACCGUCAACGAGGAAAAGGAACGUCGUUCGAAAUUGGCUGCCGAACGAAGGGCGAAACUCAUGGCGCAAAUGACGGCUAUGCAGAAGAAUUUCAUCAAAGAAAACGCCAGCUUGUUCGAAGAAGCCAGCACAACGGAAAUACAAAAACCGAGAACGUCUAGUCAAGUCGAAAUGAUGGAUACCACCGAACUCAUCGAACAACAACCGAUCGCCCUCGGUCCAUCCCAAACCCCUCGAUCGGUCGAAGAGAAAACCUACACGUGCAUUCUCUGCCAAGAGGAGGAGACCAUCACGCCCAACGGCCCCACCAUGGUCCUCGCGGCUUUCGUCCAACAAGCCACCGUCUUGUGCCAGCACAAAACCAACGAGACCUUGAUGGACGUCAGCAAGCACGAUCCGUUGUAUUUGCACGCCAAUCUGGGCCCCGCCCCGUACACCAGCACCUGCGGACACGUCAUGCACUGCGGCUGUUGGAGGGGAUUCUUCGAGACUCUCAUGAUCAAAGAGCACAGGAGACCUUACAGAUUGAGGCAUCCGGCGAGUUUCGACGUGGACAAGCAGGAGUUCCUCUGUCCGCUCUGCGAAUGCCUCAGCAACACCGUAUUGCCUCUGAUACCGCCGUUGAGCACGCUGCAACCGGCCCAGCGCCGAACCGAUUACCUUCCGAUCGAUCGAUGGCUGGAAGGCGUAUCGGACAUACUCGACAAGAAGCAGAAAAUCUGCCACGGCAUCUUCAAAUGCGAUUCGUCGGAGCAGUGCAAAAACCGCCACUGCGACGCGUGCAAAUACGCCUCGAACGGCACCAACAUCGAACACCACGAGCACGUCGCCUGCGAGGUGAAUUGCAUGCUGCAACCCCACCAGGUCUUCUACUCGUUCGAAUUCCCGCCGGACUUUCCCGACGACGUCAAGCGGCUGUUUCCGCGCGACAGCCCGUCGUUGGGCGUCGUCUACAAGGAGAUGAUCAGGCUGUUCGCGCAGGUCACCUACACCAGAGGUCUGAACGUCAAUCCGCACCCGUCCGACACCCGAUUGGCGCCGAUGUGUUGGAAAUCCUUGGGCUACACGAUACAUUCGAUCGAGGUGCUGCUGCGCGACGCCGACAAGCCGCUGUUGGGCCACCUGUCGAGCCGCCAUCGGGACUGCAUCGAGAGUUUGGUGCGCAUCGUCGGCGCGUUGGGCGCCACGUGGAAGGACAGCGUGUUCAUCAACGGUCACGCCGUGCGAUUGAUGUCGAUCCUGUUCGAGCACGACGACGACGGCCCGUCGAUACUCCAAUGGGACUCGUUGGGUUUGUUGAUCAGCCUCACGUUUUCGUUGCCGAGUUUGUCGUGUAAAUACGCCCCGUCGCCGGCGCCGACCGGUAACAAUUCCGAUUGGUAUCUGUUGCGAAUUGUGUUUAUAUCGCACGUUGUUAAGAUAUUAAUUUUGAUGAAACCUAGUGAUCUCAAUUCGAGUAGCAUGGAGGUGGAUAAAGAGAACCCGAACGCCGGGGAUAACGAGGCGAAACUGGUCGAAAUACUCGAAUCGAUGGGUAAAACGGGCGAUUACAAUGCGCAUGCUGUGUGGCGGUACGUCCAGGAAGCGACGUUGCCGUUCCUGCGCUGUUGUGUACUCUUCUACCACUACUUAACUGAUGUCAACGCGCCGAAAUGUUUAACAACGCUAGGUGGCGACACGUUCGCUAACAUGUGCUCCUAUUUAGACCUUCCGCAGACGCCCUGCGAGGUGUUUGCUUCGGAGCCGGUUCGACGUUUGGUGCGCCGCUGGUGCUCUCACGAAGAGGUGGCCUCGUACUUAAACGGCGCCGAGUUGCAGGUGGUGCGCGAACCGAUAGCGGUACCGAAGCUGAUCGAUUUGCCCGACGACUACAGCGAAUUGAUCAACAGCGUGUCGACGUUCACGUGUCCGAACAGCGACGAGGACUCGAAGAACCCCUGUAUGUGCCUCGUGUGCGGCGAGAUGCUGUGCUCGCAGAGCUACUGUUGCCAGACCGAGUUGAACAAGACGCCGGUGGGCGCUUGUAAUUUCCACGCGGACAAGUGCGGCGCCGGCGUCGGGAUGUUUCUUCGGGUGAGAGAAUGCGAGGUGUUGUAUUUGGCGGCGCCGCACAGAGGGUGCGUCGUGUCGCCGCCGUAUUUGGACGAUUACGGGGAGACGGAUCAGGGGCUGCGCAGGGGGAAUCCGUUGCAUUUGUGCCGGCAGCGGUACAGGAAGUUGCAGACGUUGUGGUUGGGUCACGGUAUACACGAGGAGAUAGCGCGGACGAUCGAAACGAGCAGUCACAUUAUAUCUAUUCAAUGGAAUCUCUUAUAG